CUUGAACUUGAAUUUUAUCCCAUUGUACAGAGGCAGCCCUCACCACAGAGAGACAGAGAGCUCCCGGUGAAGCAGGACUCCGCCAUCUUCAUAGAGAAAAGAAAGGUGGAAAAGCCAGCAGGUCUUGAUUUAUUUGGCAGAAGGGCGGCAGUCAAUGUCACCAGUCUCCACAGAGCCGAGCAAGGGGAGCGUUUGCAAGGAGUUGGACUGACUGAAAAAGUAGCUGACAUUGCACGCAAAAGGCGAGUUCUAGUGUCCUGGGAGAAGUGACCAUCGCUUGCUGAACCCAAAUACUGUGAAGAAAUUGGGAUUUAAAAUUUUAUUUGAUCAUCAGCCCAUUAUUUCUUUUUCAUCCUUGUGGAGAAAUUGCAGAGCCGCUGAUGAGCAACAUAGUUGACUGGACGGAAAGAGGUAUUGAACAAACCUAAACUGUCAGAACGCAGUGGGCAUCAUAUUUGACAUUUGACAAGGUACACCGACAUUUUUUGCUGGUGUGUUCACAACUUUCAGUCCCGGGCGUGAAACAUCAAGGAUAUUUUUUUCGCCUUUUCGUCCUCGGACAGAUUGCGUUUAUCACACACCUUAACCAAAUGUGUUAGUCACAGAAUCCCUUACAGCGAAGACAGCGCGAGCGCGCGUGUGAGUGUGUGUGUGUGUUUGUGGACACGCGCGGUCGUAUAGGGCGCAAAAGUGGACAGUGGGGACGAAGCGCAAAGACUCUUCAGUUCUUCUGACCAAAGGACUCCUAGAUCCGUCCGUCUGGCGGUCCAACGCGCAAGCAGUGCCAGUUUCGUGGGGGUCCCAGGAAAAGUUAGCGAAAGGAAACGAGGACCACGCAAAGGAGAGGAGGCAGCCGAUCAAUCCUUGUGCAGGUCACCGGGCGAUGCCAGUGUAAAUGCCAGGGCAAUGUCCCGUCGCAAGCAGGGAAACCCACAGCACUUGUCACAAAGAGAAAUAACACCGGAAGCUGACCAUGUGGAAGCCGUGUUGGACGUGCCCGAGAUGCCUCCCAACUCUCACCCGCACCCCCACCCCCUGCUGGACCCCGCGGUGUGCGGCCCUCUGCCCGCGAGCCUGGGCGACCACGACCUGCUCACCUGCGGCCAGUGCCAAAUGACCUUCUCUCUAGGGGACAUCCUGCUCUUCAUCGAGCACAAGAAGAAGCAGUGCCAGAGCCUGAUGGGCAACCAUGGCUGCUACGACAAAAUGGCUGACCGCGGCGGUGGCGGUCGAAGAGGCGGAGGAGGAGGAGGAGGAGGAGGAGGGGGUGGAGGAGGUUGCGGCAGUAGCCCCUCGCCGCUGCACCAACGCCCCGAGCUGCGUAAGGUGGUGGAACCGGUGGAGAUCGGAAUCCAGGUGACUCCUGAGGAGGAGGAUGACAGACUGCUGACGCCCCCGAAAGGAAUUUGCCCCAAGCAGGAGAGCGUCCAACCAGGUAGAGAUGAACCUGCAAGCUACAUCUGCACGACCUGCAAACAGCAUUUCAGCAGUGCCUGGUUCCUCCUCCAACAUGCUCAGAACACCCACGGCAUCCGCAUCUACCUUGAGGCCAACAGCAACAACGUGACCUUGACCCCCCAAAUCACCCUCCGUCCACCCAUGGGUGCCGAGUCCAUACCCCAAUCUCCUCUCACCAAUUUUUUAGGCGACAACAACCCCUUCCACCUGCUGCGCAUGACGGGCCCUCUGCUUCGAGAACCGCCUCCCGGCUUUGUGGAGAACCGGCUCCCCGGCACACCGCCCUUCGUCAGCCCUCCCCCACGCCACCACCUGGACCCGCAUCGCUUGGAACGCCUUAGCGCCGAGGAAAUGGGCUUAAUCUCCCAGCACCCCAGUGCCUUCGAGAGGGUGAUGCGCCUCAACCCCAUGGCCAUCGAGUCCCAGUCCAUGGACUUCUCGCGCCGGCUCCGCGAGCUCGCGGGCAACAACACCACCACCGUCGCCGCUGGCACGCCACCACUCUCGCCCAGCCGCGCCAACCCUAUGCACCGCCUGCUCAACGCCAACCCCUUCCAGGCCAGCCCCAAGUCGCCCUUUCUGAGCACGCCUCCGCUGCCGCCCAUGCCGCCAAACAGCACGACGCCGCCCCAGACGCAGGCCAAGAGCAAGUCGUGUGAGUUCUGCGGCAAAACGUUCAAGUUCCAGAGCAACCUGAUCGUGCACCGGAGGAGCCACACGGGCGAGAAACCGUACAAGUGUCAGCUGUGCGACCACGCCUGCUCGCAGGCCAGCAAGCUCAAGCGGCACAUGAAGACGCACAUGCACAAGUCCGGCUCCAUGACCGGCCGCUCGGACGACGGGCUGUCGGCCACCAGCUCGCCGGAGCCCGGCACGAGCGACGUCACGGGCGAGGGCAUGAAGAACAGGGACGGCGACUUCAGCGGCGAGAACGAGGAGGAGGAGGAGGAGGAGGAGGAGGAGGAGCUGGAGAAUGAGAGCAGGCCCGAGUCCAACUUCAGCAUGGACUCGGAGUUCUGCCGCAAUCGCGAGAACGGCUCCAAGCCGCCCUCGGAAGAGAAGGACAUGUCCCUGGGAAAGAUGGUGGAGACCUCUGGACUGAACUCCAUCCAGCAGUACAAUAACUUGAUAGUCGACAAUCGCAAAAGGCUUCCUUUCUCCAAACGGUGCUCCGACGGUCAGCGCGACACCGGAGAUCAUGACUCAGUGGGGGGCGAGAUGGACCACGUGGAGCGGGCGACGGUCAACGGCCGAAACUGUGGCUCCAGCGACUCCUUCUCAGGCCUGUUCCCCCGCAAGCCCACGCCCAUCACCAGUCCGAGUCUCUCCAACUCCUCCAAGAGGAUCAAGAUCGAGAAGGACCUGGACAUUCCCCCCGCGCCUCUCAUCCCCUCCGAGAACGUCUACUCCCAGUGGCUGGUGGGCUACGCGGCGUCGCGGCACUUCCUCAAAGACCCCUUCCUGGGCUUCACCGACUCCAGACAAUCUCCCUUCGCCACCUCGUCCGAGCACUCGUCGGAGAACGGCAGCCUGCGCUUCUCCACGCCGCCCGGCGACCUGCUGGACGGGGGUCUCUCGGGACGCAGCGGCACGGCCAGCGGCGGCAGCACUCCGCACCUCGGCGGGCCCGGCGGACACGGCCGGCCCGGCUCCAAGGAGAGCCGCCGGAGCGACACCUGCGAGUACUGCGGCAAGGUGUUCAAGAACUGCAGCAACCUGACGGUGCACCGGCGAAGCCACACUGGCGAGCGGCCCUACAAGUGUGAGCUGUGCAACUACGCCUGCGCCCAGAGCAGCAAGCUCACACGCCACAUGAAGACCCACGGCCAGCUCGGUAAGGAAGUCUACCGCUGUGACAUUUGCCAAAUGCCCUUCAGCGUCUAUAGCACCCUGGAGAAACACAUGAAAAAGUGGCACGGGGAACACUUGAUGACCAAUGAGGUGAAAAUUGAACAAGCUGAGAGAAGCUAAGCUAGGCUUUUCCUAUUUAGCCUCUUGAAUAACAAACAAACAAACAAACAAACAAACACAAACAAAUGGGGUAGAUGGGUUCACUUGAUUCACAAUGAUUCUAGUUUAUCUUAUGUUUUGCCUAAGAAACUGCCAUCUGAGAAAAGAAAAAAAGUAGGAAGUUCAACUAUGUCGGUGUAAACUGCCUAAAUUGGCUUUUUGAUUUUUACAAUCUAUCAGCGGAUGACUUAAAUAUACGUGGAGCCUUUAACUGUGCAAUAAUUUCUGUAUUUAUUGGAGUUUGUAAUGUUCUGGCAUGUGCAGGUACGUUUUUUUUAUUUGAUCGUUAUUUCCUUUUUGUUCUAUUAUUUUAUGCUGGGAUUUUCUUUUUUAAAAACCCAGAGGACAUUCUGAGAUUUUCUUUUUCGCAGAGCAGAAUACCAUUUGAAUAAUUUUAAAGCCGCUGCUUUUACUGAAUUGUAUAUUUAAGUUACAUGUGUAAUUUCUUGAGGAGAAGCCGAAUUCAAUCUUCAUUUAAAAAAAGAAAAAUGAAAAAAGCUUAACCGAUCUUUUUAUAUAAAAAGCGUAGUUUUUGUUUAGCCGAGAUAGUAGAACAUGAGCGGACAACAAUCUUUUGCCAUAAUAGCAUGAAACAGAUUUUAAACAUGUCAAUCUAAUUGGGUAUGUAGCACUGAAUGUCAUUUCUGACAGUAAAUCUUAUGAGGAUUCUAGGUCUUUUAAAACCUGCUUCCCCCCGAGCUCAUAAAUCAAGGAGGAAGAGACCUUAAAAACAGAUGAUCACGAAGGCAGCUGCUUUGAGGUACCUAGUACCAUCCCAGUUAACGCUACUUACACAAACCUUUCUUCUUCUCUACGUCCCAUUAUUGGUAGCAUUCAAACUGUUUACACUGAAACAUGCUACAAAAAAAAAAAAAAAAAAACACCCUCUGACAUCACAUAUACAUUAUUGAUCAAUGCAAGUACUGUAGCCGUUGUUUUGUGCAUUCUGCCGAAUCGCCCAUUUCUUGGGGAAACUGAAUGACAGUGCACAUGCUGAAACAUCUCAGGGGGUGAUGCGUGUCCAGGCUUCUCUCUCCGCCACAGUCGUCAGCUUGUUCUUACUCAGAAGACCAGUCCAGUGCAACGAGUUAGCAUCCUCGUUAGUCCAGUGCAGAAUUAAUCACCACAUCUUGUGUUAUUUUUGUCCUCAGCCACUUGCUUUUUUAUAUAUGUAUUUAUACAUAUAUAUUUAUAUACAUCAUGUAUACACAUGGAGAACACGUAUGUAGUGGGCAAAGUGGAUCAAAACUAUGCUGCACAGUGAGUAGUCUCACUCAAGCAGAACGAUCCAGUAUACCAACGUGACAUGGAUCUGAGUGUGAUCUGGCUCUGACCCGAUUUGAGUCUGGGCCAGUUCUGAUCCAGAACCUUCUAAAGUGCAUUCCUAGGUAGGUACGACAUGAUUCAACAACAAUAGCAGCAGGUCAUAACGGUAAACUUUGCAGCAGCAAAUCAAAACCUAUUCACUGAGGGGAAUGAUCUAGUAGACAUUGUCGCCUAUUCUUAUAAGUGCUUUUAUACUUUUUACAUCUUAUAUUUACGUUCCAUCUGAGAGUGCUUCAUGUGUUCAAAAAUGGCACUGUUGAUUUUAGAGUGGGCUGGGUAAAAGACAAUAUUAGCCAUAAUGAAUAUUACCACUUUAACCAGAUAAGAAGACAAAAAAAUACAAUUUAAACAUAAUUCAGAAUACAGCUCAAAACUUGUACGCAAUCUGCCGAUGUUUGUGAUAUCACUUGAAAUAGCCCUAUGCAUUUCUAAAUAUAUUUAUCGAUCAUUUUGAAAAUGAAUUUAUACUCUAUAGUGUAUCUUAUUACAAAGUUUACCAUUGUCUAAAAUGUUUAUAUUUCUGAUUUUAUCUUGGUUAACUUGGUUAUUUACCCUGUAAAACAGUCAUUGGCAGAUGUGUAGAUUGCAGUAGUAGCCUACAUUGCACAGUAGUAACAGUGUGUGCAAAUUCCUGUUGAGCAUGUUCGUAAACAGUAAGACUAUUUUCUUUCUUUCUUUCUUCCUGUCUUUCUUCCUUUCCUCCCAUUCAGGGCUUCCUGUGAUGUGUAGUUGAACACACUCUAAGAAGUAGCCACAUUGUCGCGUAACGAACGCACUGCUGAUGUUUCUGAGCUUGUUAGAGAGAAAACACGCGCACAUGUAUUUUGGGUCUUCAGUUGGCACUGACGAUGCCUGAGCCACAAUUGUGUUACAUGCAGUCAUGAACCCCUCCUUCACGUAUACCACCACCAUCCCCAUACACACACACACGCACACACACACACACACACACACACAAACACACACACACACACAAACCUCCCUUGAGAGGACCACGCCACCCAAAUUUGUAGACCUGAAGGAAAAAGACAGAAAAACACUUUUUUGAAAAAAAACAUUUUUAACAACAUUUUAGCAGCCUGAACCGCACUUUAUGAUUUGUUUUAGACAUUUUUCUUUUCUUUAAAAAAAAAAAAGCAGAAAACGGCUUCUGAGCAAGAAAUUACGUUUAACGGAUUGACUAGGGCCUUGCAAAGGAGAGCAUCUGAGAUUCAAGUGCCAGCGUUGCUAGGCUAGGCUAUCACAAUGCUGGCACUAUAAAAGUCAAAAUAAUUUAUUUGG